AUGAAUGUAUAUAAAAAAAUUAAUCUAUUAAAAAAUAGAUUAAUACUAUAAUAUAUAUAAUAAAAAGAAACUUAUUUUUAAUUAAUAAUUAAUAUGAAUGAUUUAGCAGUUUUAAAAAUAGAAUAAAAUUAAUAAAAAGAAUCAUUAUAAAUAUUAUAAAAAGCAGAGAAAAUGCUAGAAGUAAAAAAAUAAAUAUAUAUUUUUAAAUUUUGUAAAAAUCAAAAAAAGUUUGCUGCAAAUUGUGGAAAAACGAUUGAUAGAAAUUUAAUAAUAGUAGUUUUAUAUAAUCGUUCUUGUGUAUAUUAAAGUUUAUAGGUUUUAGAUAAAUGUUCAAAUUAUAUAGAUGGGGUUAUAUAUAAUUUACAAAUAAGUUUAUAGGAAGACGGAUAAGCUUAAAAUUAAAAAAUCAAAAAAGGAGAAAGUUAAAAAUGCAUUAAUAAAAAAUUCGCAUACUUGAUAAAAAAGCAAAUGUUUUUAGUCAAAUCAUAUUUGUAAAGUUGCGCUGUGUACUCAUAAUAAGGAUAGUAAAAAUAGUAUUUUAUAUAUAAAUAAAAAUUUAAAAAAAGCCAUCAAAAAGCAUUAGAAACAGCAAACUAAAGCCUUGAAUUAAUAAAGAAGAUAUUAAAUUAAUGUUUAAAGUUUUGUAAACAAAGUUUAAAAGAUUAAGAAAAUUCAAUUUAGAAAAUUAUAAUAAAUUAAGCACUAUUAAAAAUAAUUAAUAUUUAAAAAAUUAUUGAAAUUUAAGAUAAUGAUAUAUAUUAGGAAACUAAAAAAGCAUAACAUAUGUGGAAACAAAGUGUUACAAAGAAAAAUAAAUUAAUUAGCUUAAAAAAUUAAGGAAGUAAUUGGAUAUAAAGUUUUAAUAUAGGUUCUAUUAUGCUUAUGAAAUCUUUAAAAUAUGAAGAUUUAUCAUUUUUUGGGGAUAUAUUGUUAGAAAUAUCAGAUAAAUCAUUAAUGAAAAAAAUUAUUUAUUUAUCAAUAACAUAUUUUACAAUUGCUACUGAAAUGAGAUUUAUUGAAACCAAUUAAAAUAAAUAAAAAAAUAUAGGCAAAAAAUAAAUUGAAAACGAAAAUUUAAAAUAGAGCAAGUUUCUUCAUUUAAAAUCAAUUAAUAUUAUUUGUUCCAAUAUUUUUUAGAAUUGUCCUUUUAUAAAUCACUUAAUCACUUCUUAUUGUAAGCAUUAUAAUUAAAACUUAGAAGUAAGAAAUGUUAUUAUAUAUAUAUAUAUAUAUAUAUAUAUAUAUAUAUAUAUAUAUAUAUAUAUAUAUAUAUAUAUAUAUAUAUAUAUAUAUUAAUUUAUAAUAAAUUCAAAAAAAAAAAAAAAAUAAAGAAUGAGGAAAGUUUUAACUCUUUUAAUGAUAAUAUUAAUAGUUCUUAGCAAUAAUUAUUUAAUAUAAAUAAUAUAGGUUAAUAAGGUACAUUAUAUAAUUUUAUUUUCAAAGAAGAAUAAUAUAUUUUUAUUAAUUACUUUCCUUUUUAAUAAUGAUUUAUUAUAAUGUUUAUAAUAUUUAUUAUUAAAAAAUAAAAAAAAGGUAAUAAUAAAUAUUUUCUAUAUUUUUAUUGGAAUUUAUAAAAAAAUAAAAAUAAAGAAAAAAAAUAAAAUAUAUAUUUAAUAAAUAUUCAAUUAAAAUAAAUAAAAAUAUAUAAAUUAUAACUUAUAACUUAUAUAUAUUAAUUUUAUUUAAAAAUAUAAAUUUUAUUAAUAAAAUAAAAAUAUAUAAAUAUAUAAAAAGAGGAAUCUUAGUGUUUAGAAGAAAUAGUUAAUAAAUUUAUAAAUGGAACGAGUGAAGAUGAUUAAAAUCCAAAUGAAAAUAAUACAAUAAGUUCUAUAAACAACAACACUAAUAAAAACUUAAUAGAAAACAGCUAAAAAUAAAAUAAAGAAAAAAUUAAUCAUAAAAAAUAACGAGUAAAUCAAUAUAAUAAUAAUUUUAUUCUUAAGAAAAUACUAAAUUCAAUUCACCAAGAGGAAUUCUUAAUUUAAGAAAAUCAACUCCGACAUUAUAAUAAUAAUAUUCUACAACAAAUAAUUUUUAAUAUUAAUAAAACUUUACUUUAAUUAGAAAAAAUAAUAAAAAUUUAUUUGA